AUGGCAAGAUUUGCAGGAACACAGGACAAAGAUGUAAGGAUUGUGCUGUUGGGGAGAACUGGAGAUGGAAAAAGCAGCACAGCGAACACAAUAUUUGGUGAAGAUGUUUUCACUGCCUCCUGUGGAGCCUCUUCAGAAACUUCUGAAUGUAAAUCAGAGACCCGAAAGAUAAAUCACUCCAGAAUCAAUAUUAUUGACACACCUGGACUUUUUGAUACCAGACACAGUGAGGACGUCUUAAAAAAAGAAAUACUAAGAUGUAUGAUUGAAUGUGCUCCAGGACCUGAUGCGUUCCUGAUUGUUUUAAGAGUGUGCAGAUUCACUGAACAUGAACAAGAUGUUGUAAAGAAGCUGAAUGAUUUGUUUGGACAAGAAGCUCUGAGAUAUUCAACGAUAGUCUUUACUCACGGUGAUGAACUUGAAGCUAAUCAAUCAAUUCAUGAUUUUGUUCAAGGUAAUGCAGAACUGAACAGUUUUGUUAGUAAGUGUGGAGGUGGCUGUCAUGUUAUUGAUAACAAAUACUGGAAGAACAGUCAGGACAACUACAGGAACAACACAGUUCAGGUUGACAAAAUAUUUGAAAUUGUUGAAAAUAUGGUGAAAAAAAACGCAGGCCGUUUCACCAAUGAAAUGCUGAAAAUUAUUCAGGCAAAGAAAGAACAGACACAGGAUUGGACUGGAUUACUGAAGUGGUUGUUGGUGUAUUUUGCAGAAUUGGGUUCUUCAAUAUUGUGGGGACGUUUUUUGGGGAAUUAG